CUUGGAUCUUGGAACUUGGCGCUCCCUGCGCCCGCGCCAAGCAACUCAUGGACGCGGAGGAGGAGUCGCUUGAGCUGCUUCAAGAUCUGCAGGCGUCGCUUGAUCACUACAACAGUGAGUUGAAGGAGAAAACAGAUUGUCUACCGCCGCCCAGGGCUGCGCUUGUUGAGGCCCUCUGCACUCAUCUCGACAAGUCCGCCACCGAGCUGGCCAAUGUCCUCCACAACUGGAACCAGCCAGCUGCUGCAGCGGCGGCACCGGAGCCGUUGGCAGAAUCCGCUGGAGGUGGGCUGCCUCGCUCUAGAUCCAGGGGCGACUCUGCUUUCCCAGAUGACAGCACCGUACCGAGUAGGCAGCAUACAUAUAUAUGUUGCCGUUGGGGUCUGCCAACCCCCCACGCAUGUGUGGUGUUUGUUGCCCAUGGAUCAGAUUUCGGGAGUGUUGCCGAGAUGCUGUCGUCUGCUGAGGGGAUGGUCAUGGCGGAUGAGGGAGGAAGGCAGGAUGUAGGCGGGGCAUCCCAGGCGCCCGCCCCACCCCAAACUCCGCCCGAUGAGGUGCUGGCCCGCCUGCCCGACCAUGUGAGGCGCCGGUGGGACAUGUGGACUGGCAAUCCGGCGGCAUUCAGCCUACAGGUCAGUCUACCACGGACGCGUGCAGGCAGAGUAAGAGGUGCAGGCAGAGCAAGAGGCAGAGAGAGUAAGAGGCAGGCAGGCAGAUCAGGGGACACAAUACAUGCGCGAUGACCGUGGGCUGUCGACUCGCGCGCAGUAUGUAUGGGUCUGUGAGUGUGCUGCUGUAUGUCCCCGCAUGCAAUGCAUGACAGGUGAUCCGUCAGGCGAUGCAGCGUCCCUUCAGCAAUGCAUAUCUGUCGGGCGACCCCUCCAGCCGCAACACCACACAGCUCAUCCUGCCAGCACCGAACACAUACCUCUCACUCAGGUGGGUGGGUGGCUGGCUGGCUUGCUGGGUGGGUGCCUCGCUGCCUGUACAGGCAGCACACACAUCCGCACACCGCGGCCGAUCGUGUCUGUCCUGUCUGCCUGUCUGCCUGUGUGUGUGUGUGUGUAUACUGCAUGAGUAGGUGGCAUCGCACAGUGUCCCGCGUGGGUCUGCCUGACGCGCCACCCCCACCGGCAGAACUCAGAGAGGGAUAUGCUGCUGGUGAGGAGGAAGGGAUGGGGCUGGGAGCCGGCAAGACACUCAUGGGAUGGGACUUGCUGUGUUUGAUGCCUCCAUCGUUGCAGCUCUCAUCCGCGAUGUCGUCGAGCAGGCUGUCAGUCACCCAGAUUACGUCAGUCAGCCUGACCGAUAUCCCAGCCUUCAGCGGGCUGUGGCUCUGUGCACAAAAAGCCACCAGUCUGACCAGCAGCCCAAGUGAUCCCUAGGGCUCUGGUCCUUCAUUCCCCUGCUGCUGUCGCGGCGCUUGUGCGUCUGUCACGGAGUG